AUGAUGUGUGGCUACUUUAAUGAUACGAUUAAUAACAAGUUCAAAUCGUCCAAGCUCAAAUAUACAUUCAGUGUUAAUGACCUUCUGAAACACAGUCAAGAAUUCUCCGACGUAUACCAAUGUCCAGUCGAUUCCAAAAUGAAUCAUGCAGGAAAAUGUAUUCUUUAA